UCUUCAGACAGCUUCAAAACGGAGCUCCCCUUUCAUGACUUAGGAUAGGAUUUCGGGAUCGCGACUUCAUCCGUGCCUUGGCCAUUGGCCCCUUCCCCUUUUCCUUGCUUCUGCCCUGAAAGACGAUCCUUCGCAACGAACUCUCCGACCCGACCUUACCCGGUAGAGGCUCGAGAAAUGAGUCGAUUCAGUCAAUCGUGCCCUCGCUCUAAGGGUCAAAGUCCAUCUCAGCGACGACAUUUGUUAUGUGCUCAAGAUCGUAUGGAUUCAUACCAACAAUGAGGUCGAAUCUAAUCUGUUGCUGAAUAAUGCAAUACAUUCGUUCCACGGUUACCCGUGCCCGGGGUCUUCCGGCCAAGGCCUCGGAGCACAUCGAGUCACUCUUGGAGCUCACCAAGACCAUGAUCUAUUACACAGUAGUGAUCAGUCUCACCCUCAAUCUCCUGGGAAUGGUGUCCAUUUUCAUGUAUGGAACAUUCUACUUCGCCUUUGUUCCCGCUCCCCAACACGAAGGAGCCAUUCAUCCCACCUUUGUCCCAUGUGAACGGGUCAUGGGCAAGUGCGGAUUCUUGAAUGCCACGGUAGAGCUCUCUGAGAGGAACCCGGUUCUCAUGACGGGCCAACCUUAUACAGUGAUGAUCCAAUUGGAAAUGCCGGAAUCACCCGUGAACCGCAAAUUGGGCAUGUUUAUGAAUUGUUUGCAUAUGCGAAGUCGAGAAGGGAUAAUUCGCAAGGAUAGCUGCAAAGCGUCCUUGAUGCAAUAUCGAUCCGAACUUUUACGGGUUAUCGAGACCUUUGUGUUUUCACCUGUGUUGCUCACGGGUCAUUCCACGGAGAAGCAAUGGGUGACCGUGGAGUUCUUCUCCAACUUCUUGGAUGAUCCUCUCAGUCCGGUGGUUGGUAUGAACUACGAGAUUCAAUCUCGGUUUAUUGAGGUGUACAAUAUACGAUACAAGAUCUACGCCAACUUCAGUGGACUCCGCUACUUGAUGUUUCAUUAUCCCCUCAUAUCUGCCCUGAUUGGAAGCAGUCUCAAUUUGAUGUUCCUGUCUGCAGUGAUACUCCUGUCUUGGUACCGAUUCUUUUCCCCCAAAUUGAAGGAUGAGGACGAAUUCUAUUCGAAUAGCGAGUAUCAACCGGAUUUCUUCCAAAGUCCGGAGCAAGAAUAUGAACUGGGAGAAAAAGAAGAUCUUUUGAAAGAAGAAGAUAUAGAAGAUGAAAAAGAUUCCGAAGAUGGCUCCUCAGUUGAAGAUCUACAAUCCGAAUUGGAUCUAAUACAUCGGCAUGCCCAGGAAAAAGCCUCCAUUUUAGAGGACGCAGAAAAAGAUGACGUUGCUUCGAGAAGCUAAAGCUUUGGUUUUAUCAACGAACGAAAUGGUGUAAAAUAUAAUUCUUAUCUUAGCUUUUGAUUUGCGUAUGCAACUAACGAAAUUUAUGCAAUGGAUGAUAAAAAGUCUAGAAAUAAAAAACCAACUCUGGAGGACAAAGCGCUCUAAGCGGCAGCAUCGAGCUCCAAUUCAGAUAUCCUUUACAUACAAUAACAACAGUAUCAAAUCAUUUUGCCCUGAUGACGUCCAAAAAAUGUCACAAUAAACACACUUAUUGAAAAAGUAUGAUUUUUUACACCUGACAUUUAUUUGGUAUUGAAUGAAUUGUAUCCACCAUUGGCUUCCAACAAUUUUUAAUAUUGCA